ACAGGACUGAAGCCCAGUUCUGUGGGAUGCCAGAGCCCCAGUUCUGCCCCAAGUUUAUAAGUACCGUGCUGUGCUGUGCUGUGCUCAGUCACGUCCUACUCUUGGCAGUCCCAUGGACUGUAGCCCACCAGGAUCCUCUGUCCUCGGAAAAUGCUAGAGUGAGCUGCCAUCUCUUCUUCCACAGGAUUUUCCCGACCCAGGGAUCGAACCUGCGUCUUUUGCAUAUCCUGCAUUUGCAGUUUCUCAUUCCAAUUAUGGACCUGACCAACUCUACUGAUUACCUGCUCAAUGACUCCACUUUAAUAAGAAACAGAAUUCACAUUCCAACUUCUGCCUCAAAAGUGAUUGUUGUAGUUCUUUUGUUUAUGUCAUUUUUAAUUGGCACUAUUACCAAUGGUCUCUAUCUAUGGGUGCUAAAAUUCAAAAUGAAAAAGACUGUCAAUACUCUCUUAUAUUUUCAUCUCAUUCUCUCCUAUUUUAUUUCAAUAUUAUUUUUGCCAUUUUUGGCCAUCUCUCACCUUCAAGACAAUCACUGGAGCUUUGGAAGGGCCACGUGCAAGAUCUUCAACAGCAUUUUGUAUGCAGCAAUGUUCGCCUCUGUCUUCUUCCUCUCGGCCAUCAGUGCUGAUCGUUACCUUCUCACUUUUCACCCGGUGUGGUCACAACUGCAUCGAACCCCACGCUGGGCUUCCAGCAUCAUCUUGGGAGUCUGGAUCUUUGCUGCUGCCCUCGGCAUGCCCUAUGUGGUUUUCAGGGAGACACAUGAUGACCAUAAAGGAACGGUGACCUGCCAAAACAACUAUGCUGUGUCUACUAACUGGGAGAGCAAAAAGAUGCAGACAUUAAGGAAAUGGAUUCACGUAGCCUGUUUCAGCAGCCGCUUCCUGCUGGGCUUCCUUCUGCCUUUCCUCAUCAUCAUCUUUUGUUAUGAAAGAGUAGCCAAAAAGAUGAAAGAGAGGGGACUGUUGAAAUCCAGCAAGCCCUUCAAAGUCAUGGUGACAGCCACUGUCUCCUUCUUUGUGUGCUGGAUGCCCUAUCACGUAUACCAAGGCUUACUGCUCACUGAAAACAGAUCUCUGUUUUUCCAGUUGACUGUCUUACUCACAGUGAUAACUACUACCUUCAAUACUGUGUUUUCUCCCACACUCUACCUCUUUACUGGGGAGAACUUCAGAAAAGUUUUCAAGAAGUCUGUCCUUGUUCUUUUUGAGUCAACAUUCAGUGAGGAUUCUUCGGCAGAAAGGACAGAAAACCUAAAUUCAGAAACUGACAUGUAAAUUCUGGAUCCCAGAGCAAACAGGGGACUCUUAGUCAAAGACACCAUCAGAGAAAGAUACUCAGCUUUUGUAUAUAAUAUAGUGUCUAUAUUAGAGAGACACCUGGACUGUACUAUAGUUAGAUUUAUGAAUAUUAUAAGGGCUAUAAAAUGUGGUGGGUAAUGUUGAAAAUGUGAUUUUUUUCUUUCUACUUUGUGGUAAAAUACAUGCAACAUAUAACUUCAUUUUUUUUUUCAUUGUACAUUUUGGUGGCGUUAAAUUCACAGUAUUUUGCAAUCAUUACCACUAUCUAUUUCCAAAAUUUUUAAUCAUCAGAAAGAGAAACUGUACCCAUUAAGCAGUAACUCUUCACUCCCCCUUCCCCCAACCCCUCAUAUCAUCUAAUCUGCUUUCUAGUUCUGUGAAUUU